AACAUCACGAGAAGUGACCUGGCAGGGCAGAGCAGCGGGAAACAACACAGGCGGGGAUGAGCUCAGUGGCGGCCCCCCUCGGGGCUACCACCGCCCUGGCCGACCUCGACGCUAUCACAGAUGAGGAGCGACUGAGGAUCAUGUGGCAACAAGCGGAGGACUUCGGAGAGCGUCGGCGCAUCAGGGCGAGGAUGUACAAGUUACGGGAGCAACGACUGAGAGAGAUGAUGCAGAACGACGAAGAGGCCCUUGGUACUCUCAACGUUACUGAUGACAGCGGCGGCCUCACCGAGUAUUCCACCAUCACUGUUGGUGGUGACGGUAAUAACACCUCACGACGCUCCUCUAACAUACAGGUGACGAUGCAUGUGGACGGAGACUCGGCCGUGACGGAGUCCAUCUCUACUCAGAAUGUCCGCCUAGGUGGCCUCACCAUGCGUGGGGUGGACAAUAUCUCCGUUGAGGGUCUCCAGCCAGGGGACGUCAUACAAGAACGUAUCCGUAAGGCCAGUGAGGACCGCCCCAGCAGGUUCCAGCGCAUCAUCGGUGAGCUCUCUGACACGGAGGCCAAUAAUGAGGGCGAUUCGGUCGUAUCCAUCACAAAGUCUACAUACUCUAUUCAGUCCAACGCCCUUGCUGGUGAAGGUUAUCUCUCCAUGAAGAAUAAAGAAGUCAGAGAUUCCGUGUCUCCCACCCGCAUUAUGAGAGAGCGAAGGUCGUCUGCUGAGGACGACACAUCAGCCAACGAGGGGCGUCUCACCUCUGACGACGAGGCGGCACUCAAAGCUGAAAGUGAACAUGUGAUAGAGGCUCUACAGACCUCACCGCCCAAGACAUCCUCCUCCAGAAAGACUUCAAGGGAUGAAAGAACAACAACAAGAACCACAAAAUCCAGACAGUCAGAAAUACCGGUCCGUAAAGAGUCUUCAUCAUCUCGUAAAGUUAGUGAGAGAAAAACUUCCAAGGAAUUAGACUUUAGCUCAGUUAAACGUACUAGUGGAGAUAAAUCAUCGCCAACAUCACCCACAAAACGUACCCCAGGUGAGAGUUCCUCCAGAAGCCACAUGCCACGGAGGACAGGAGCUCAGAAGGAGGCUCCUACCUCACCCGCCAAGUCUCCUACAAGGACAGGUACCAAGGCUGUACCAUCCUCAAGGAAAUCAAAAUUGGCUGAAGUUGAGUCAAAGAUGGAGACUUCUAUCAUGUCUGAGUUAGACAAGUUGGAUUCUUACUUGAGUGCGAGUGUUAACGAUGAUGACGAGGUCAUCAUGGAAGAGGAAGAGGACUGUGUGGAUGAGGCAGGCAACGUGGUGAAGAUGUUGGUACAGACACGUCGUAAGAAGGAUGGUACAGAGUGUACAGCUCGUCGAGUGGCCAGGUCGACCAAGGUAGUCAACAGUGAGAGUGAGAUUGAUGAAAUACUUAUUGGCAAUCCAGACCAUGAAGUGCUUGAACGAGAAGUGGCUGAAGAAGAAGAUAAAGAUGGCAACAAAAUCAAAAUAAUUACUGAGACUCGACAAAGACCUGAUGGCAUUACCUAUACUACUAAGAACAUCUUAAAAACUUCAAAGAUCUUUGACUAUGACCAUCCUGAAGAUGUUGCUUAUAAUGAAGAAGAUGAACUUAUUUCCACUAAUGAAACUGAGGAAACUGAUGAAAAUGGAAUUACAAUCCAAACUGUUACAGAGACGAGGCGAAAACCCAGCGGCAUGGAGUACACAACGAAGAAGGUGUACAAGACCUCUAAGGUUAAGAGCACACACAUUACUCCUUCUGACGAUGAUGAAGUGAUUGACACCAAAGAAACUGAAGAGAAGAAAGACGAUGGUUCAAUUAUUCGCACAGUGAUAGAGAUUCGUCGAACCAAGACAGGCGAGGAGUACACCCACAGGCAGGUGUUUAGGUCUCGUAGGAUGACAUUAUCAGGUGUGGAUCUCCAGAGGGGUCUCCCCACCAUCCACAAUGAUGAUGAGGUGAUAGAUAAGAAUGAAAAGGAGGAGAUGGAUGAUAGUGGCAUGACCAUCAAGGUUGUCACCGAGACUCGCCGCAGGAAGGAUGGAUCAACUUACUCCUUCGAAUAUGUACUCCGCAGCUUCCAGGGCACAGAAGAUGAUGUGAAGAAGAUGCCUGUAGGUGGUUCCAAGUCUUCUAAUAUUGCCGUCAGUGCUGAUGACGAACUUAUUAAUGAAGAAAUAAAAGAAGAUGUUCAAGAAGAUGGCUCAACAGUAAAGACCAUUAUUGAGAGAAGACGUGCUAAGGAUGGCACUGAAUACUUACGUCACCGCAUCAUGAGGAUUCCCAAGAUGCCAGAGCCUGUGCUACAGGUGGCCAACCUUGAGGAUGAAGUACUGCAGGAGGAGGUGAAGGAGAAAACUCUUAAUGACGGCACACACUACAAGGCUGUUACGGAACGACGCCGUAGCAGCGUGUCUGGCCUUCAGUAUACACUCCGUAGAAUGUCUAAAAUUUACCAGCAGCCGACACAUCAUCCCAAGUCCUCUGAAGACGAGAUCCUGGACGAGAAUGUUACUGAGGAAGAAACAGAUGACGGCACUGUGGUCAAGACUGUCAUACAGCGCUACCAGAGGCCUGAUGGCUCCGUGUACACAACUCACAACAUCCACAGGACGUUCAGCUCACCAGCUCCUGUAACAUUUGUUGGAACUGAAAAUGAUGAACUUGUCGACCAGUCUGUUGAUGAACAGGAAACUGCAGAUGGUUAUGUCAUCAAGUCGGUGACAGAAACACGCAGGAGAGCUGAUGGGAUGCAGUAUACUGUGGAACGAACAGAGAAAACAUCCAAAUUUGGUCCAGAAGUUCACAUCACUUUUAGUGGCAAUGAUCGUUCAAAGAAACCAGAAGAUGUUGUUCAGGUCGGAAGUCCAGAUGACACUGUAGUGAGUUGUGAAGAGAAUGAAUACGAGGAGGAGGACGGCACAGUCGUUAAGACUGUUGUUGAGAUCAGACGCAGGGUAGACAGUACCGAGUACACCACCAAGACAGUGUUAAGGUCCACGCCUGUGUUGGUCCCUGAGCGAGAAACAAGUUACGUGGUUAUCAAGCCUGAAGGAGGAGAUGAGGAUGAGGAUGUUGGCUUCUUCCCUUCACUUGAUGAUGAAGUUGUUUACACACGUAAGAAAGAGGAAAUUGGUGAAGAUGGACAACCUAUCACCGUCAUUAUCGAGACUCGACAGAGUAAAACUACUGGGGAGAAAUACAACAUCACCAAGAGGGUUCACACUACCAAUGUCGUUAUGACCGAGGAAGGAGAAAGGGAGAUUCCAAAGGCAGUAAUGAAAUCCACUUUAGUUGCCAACAUUGCUCCUGCUCCCGGCAGCAAGAAGCCUGACAAACCUACUGAGGAGCCAGAGGAUGAUCAGGACGAUGUACCUUAUGGGUCUGUCUCAGCCCUGAAGAAUAGGUUUGCUCCUGCACCAUCUAAGAAGCCAGAGUCAAGUGAUAAGACUGGCAAGCCUGACCGUGCAAACACACUAAACAAGAAGAGAUUCUUUGAAGAUGCAGCUAAGACCUCAGCAGUAACUGUCCCGAGUUCCAAGACAUCGCCCAGAAAAUCUGAACCCAAAGAUCGACCUCGAGAACCUGAUAGAGACGCUAAGAGAGAUCUACUUCCUGCAUUUUCAGACGAUAAGGCUUCAAUUGAAGUAAAACUUCGUGUUGAAAAAGAUGAGGCAACUGUUGAAAAUGUUGAGACACACAAAGUGACUUACCAUGCUGAUGAAGCCCCACAGGAAGAGCCUGAAGACCUUGAUGGUGUUGCUGAAACAAAGAAUGUGGACAUUAAAGAUCUAGAAACAGAAAUAGCAAAGCUGGAAGAGGAGGAGAAGGAGCGCUACAGACAGGGACAACCAGAAGGUACAGAAGAACCUGAAGACGAAGUCUCACCUGAUGAAGUAGAGAUUGAAGCAGAGGUUUCAUCACCAUCAGAAGAAGAGCCUCAAGAGCCCCGACAGAAGAAGCGUCAAGCAACAAAGAAAACGCCAACAACAUCAAAGAGAACAGAAGAGAAACCAAGGAAGAAAACAGAAGAACCAAGGAAGAGGCGUGAAGUAAGCCCAAGGAAGAAACCUGAGACCGAGGAACCAUCGCGUAGAGCUCCUGCUUCUAGGAAACUGCCAGGCAAGGAUGACUCUCCAACUCGUCGUGUUCCAGCCCAGAGGGAACCCAUCCCAACUAGGGAUUCUACAAGGCGUGCUCCCAAACCCAACACGUCCCCACAGCGGGUGCCAAGCUCUCCCCACCGCGGACGUUCACCCAACAGGUCAGGAGUGUCGACCCCGAGGGAGGUGACACCGACAGAUCGUCAGUGCUGUAAGAAACACAGGGAAGCAAAUGAACCAGAACCUGUUAGUCCAACUAGAACACAAAAGACAACGCCUCGAUCAACUGUUCCAUCAGCCAAGAAGACAACUUCUCCCGAGGGAAAACCAAGAAUGAAUGGUGAUGUCCGCCGUACUCCAGCAGAGCCAAGAGUGAAUGGUGAUAUAAACAGGAAGCCAGAGGACAGGGCUCCAAGGACAAGGAGGACAGUAGAGAAGCCAAGUGAACCAGAAAGACCUGCUGUGCGACCAUCAAGGCUCUCACAGACUCCCAGGAAAACUCCAACAGCAAGAUCACCCGAUAAGAGGGAGCCAACAAGGCCAUUAUCCUCCAGGGUGACUGACAGAAAAAGUCCAACUAAACCCUCUGAGAAGAGUCCUAAGAGUAGGUCUCCAAAUUCUGAACCCAAAGAAAAACCCAAAUCAACUUUGUCUGUCCCAGAAUCAAAAGAUCCUGUGAUCACACUUCCUGAAACUCCCAUGACAGAGGACAUAAAGCCUCUUCCUGAUGACAACGAAGUUGGACCUGUAAUUGAAGAUGUAUCCUGUGAGCCAGACCUGCCUUACCACACUAUUCACAGGCCUUCUAUUGUCCGAGAACCAUCAGAGUAUCACGCCCCUGACUCUCAGGAGGAGGCGUCAGACUCUUCCCCUGAGCGUUCCAAGGAACCAUCUGACACUGAGCUAAAAGACACAAAGCCAGAGAGGAAGAGCAGCAAGAAGCCGCAGGAAAAAGAAACAUCACCAGUAAAAGAAGAUGUCAGCAAGCCAAGAAAAACUAAACCUUUGGAAAGUCGGCCAAGUGACAAAUCUCUUUCUCCCAGAGACAGUGAACCUGCAAGAAGGAAACAGCCAGAGACGAGACGAACAACAAGAGACAGACCAUGGCUUACAGAGAAACGUAACUCAUUUGAAAAGAGACAAAGUGAACAUAAGUUAUCACCUGUGAAACCUAAUGAUGACAAGAAGACUGAGAGAAAGAAACCAUAUGAGCGAAAACCUAGUGAAGAAACAAUUAAGAAACCAAAGGAAGAACCAAUUAAAAAACUAAAGCAAGAAAAACCAUCAGAAACUCUUCCCACUGAAGAAAGUGAUUCACCAAGUGAUAGUGAGAGUAAGGAGAAUGGAGCUCCGGAAGAAAUAACCACGGACGAGGCCCCUGUUCACGAGGCCCCUGUUUACGAGGCCCCUGUUUACGAGGACCCUGUUCACGAGGCCCCUGUUCACGAGGCCCCUGUUCACGAGACCCCUAUUCACGAAGCCCUUGUUCAUGAAGCCCCUGUUCAUGAAGCCCCUGUUCACGAGGCUCCUCAAGACGACAAGCCAACAACAAAGAAGACAGGAGAAAUAACUACAAAACUAAGUGACUGGGAAAAGUCGGUUACUUCUCAGAUCAUCACAGAGAAGAACGAGAAAAACAUUACCACGUCAGACAUCACAGCUAGAAGGUCAGCAUUCAACUAUAGAACCCCCCAGCCAGACAACAAGAAAGACAAACCUUCAAGAAAACCGUCUUAUGAAAUGAAAGAAUCCGUGUUCUCUAAGAGGUCACUGUUUGAGCAGCCCAAACAAGAGCCAGUCCCGUCACCCACCAGAAGACCUCUACUUAAAACCACAACCAAGAAGGACGACAAACCUAAGAGACCAGAAGAGCGGAAACCUGUCAAGGAACCUAUUAUUGUGCCCAAGCAUAUCUACCCACUUGGUGAUGAUGAAGAUGAACCUGCAGAACAACCUGCCUCAGAACCAGUGAAAGAAGACAUUAAGAUGACCUCCAGCAAGCUUGUAAUGAGUGCCAUGGCCACAUCCAACCAGACUCGCACGACAGAGGUGCGUAAGGAAAGUACUACUUACACACCGUAUGUUGUUGACGAAGAUAGGCCAGAAGAAAGUGAUACGCUGGUGCCACUGAAGAAGGAUCGAUCUCCUUCACCCUUCAUGAAGGAGAGCUCUUCAGCGCCUCGCAGCAAGGAAGGAUCCCCCACACCACGUAGUAAGGAAGGAUCCCCUGUUCCACGUAGCAAGGAGUCGUCUCCUGCACCGUUCUCAAAAGAAGGAUCCCCCAGUAGGUUUGUUACAGGGAAACCAAUAGAUAGUGGGAUCAACUCCAACAAAAUCCGCCGCAUUGAGCGUACUGGUAGCAACAAGAAGCUCCUGGAGGACCUCGAGGUAUCACGAGAGAGUUUGCCGCACUAUCUCUCCACUAUUGAGACCAUUUUUGACGUCACAAUUCUCGAAAAUUUGUUGGAGAAGGCCGAGUCUUAUGAGGAACGUCGUCUUAUCCGAGGCCAGUUAAGGCUAGCAAAACGCCCAGGAGCUCACCAAACUACCACACCAUCCAGACCAUCCACCACCACCACCCGGGCACAGCCUGCAGCACCCAGGCCAACCAGACCUGUGGUGUCUGAGGACUUGAGUCUUGGUGAUACUACACGAAAACCUCUCUCAAAAUCCGACGAGCCUGAAGAUGCUCCGCGACAACCCGAGGAGCAGGAGGAACCCGUCCCUAACACAACACCCACCACCACGCAGCCUUCCCGAAAGCAUUCUAGAGACUCCUACAGGGAGUCUUCUAGAGAACCAACUGUGGAGGAUAAGGAUCCUGCAAGAUCACCUAAGAAAUACAUGGAAGAAGUACCAGAGAGGCAUAAGCAGCCUGAGGAACCCAGGAAGUUUGACAGACAAGUAAAGCCUGAGGAACCCAGGAAGUUUGACAGACAAGUAAAGCCUGAGGAACCCAGGAAGUUUGACAGACAAGUAAAGCCUGAGGAACCUAGAAGGUUUGGCCGAGCUACCAAACCUGAUGAACCGAAGAAAGUGGAGCCUACAACUAAGACUCCGGAGCCCAGCAGAUUCGGAAGGAUACAGACGGAACCUAAGAAAGCAGCACCAUCGAAUGAGCCGUACUCAGAGCCACUGCGGUACCAGAAAGGACAGAGCCGCACCCCGUCCAAACCUGCCACAGAACAGAGCGACGUGGACAAGAUCGUCAGCGCUUACGGUGUUGGACCCACAGAUGAGAAUGGCUUACCUCUGUUUGGUCUCAGAGCUCUGAAGAGACGCUCACCUCCCACCACAUGUGUGACCACUCCUAGAGGAUCAACUCCUGCUGAAGAAUCAAAACCCCAGGAGGAACCUCGGCCUACCUCAGAAGUAGAUGAACCCAAUGAGGAUGUGUUAAGGACUCCUCUACACUUC